ACCGAGCAGCGCAGCAAAGUGGCAAGCGUCGCGGAGGGAGGGGAUAUUUUAAUGGCCGUCAGUAGCACUUCAACAUGGAAAAACUCCGGAUUAUUCUUCAUCUUUGAACUGGUGUAGCGCCGCUUGCGUUCGGGGACAUUUUAUUUUGUUUCCCCGCAGUGCUACGGAGAAACAUUUAGGUUAGAGAUGUGUUUCUAGCGCUCUUUCCGCAGCAGUGGACGGACUUUACCCGCUUGAUUUGUGCGUGAGUAGCUGAUGAGGCCUAACCGGCUGGCUAGGAGACAAGCAGACGGUUAGCUUGAGUUGAAAGAGAAUAUGUAACAUACAGCAACCAACAUGACAUCCAGAUUUGGCAAAACCUACAACCGCAAGGGAGGGGAGGCUAAUUCCAAAUUUGAAGAGGUUUUCUCCAACAAAAAGCCCACCCUGACCACCAAAUGGGGGGAGACCACCUACAAGGCGAAGCUGGGAGGCAAGAAGCCUUUGUUAAAACCCGGCGGGCCCGAGGACUCCAAGAGGCCCCGGCUGGAGGACAGCGACAGCGAAGACCCGUUUGGUUUCGACAGCGACGAAGAGUCCAAGACUGUAGCCUCUGACAAUGUUUCUGAGAUGAAACUGCCAGAAGUGGGGGUACCAAAAACCGCCCCGGCGCCGAGCAGAGUCCCUGCGGCUGUUGUGACGUCUGCACAGGCCUCUGCAAGUAUAACGGCAACAUUUACAAGUAAGCAGACACCAGAGAAGGAUGUCAAAAACAACCAACCGUGGUACAAAAGUGCACUGGCCGGCAACCAAAAACCCGUGUUCGUGACCUACGUCUCAGAGACGGUCCUCUUCGAUAAUGAGAACUUGUCGUUAUGCCAGACGCCCGUUUCCUCCUUUUCUAAUUUAGACGCCAGCGUGCCAGCGAAUGUACCCGGAGGGAUGCACGCUCAGCCCGCGUGCUCCUAUGACGGAUCCCCGUCGGAGGAAACGAAGAGCGUAGACCAGGAGCCGGCCACAGAGCCCCCGCCCGAACCGGUGGACAACAUUCCCCCCUCCCCGUUUACCUUAAGGGCCUCAAACUGCAAGAAAUACCAACGCCCCCACCGGUCAUAUAAAACGCUAGCGGAAGGCGGCGACAGCGACGACCCCGCCGACCCCGCGAGUGCCCAGGAUAAACCCAACAGUGUCCUUUCUGCUGGUGCCAGCGGUACGGCUGCCAGCGCCAGCGCAGCAGCCAAGCCUGCUGGCAGGGCUGGCGGGAGGGUGCGGGACUACACGGUGCUGCACCCGUCCUGCUUGUCCGUGUGCAACGUCACCAUCCAGGACUCGAUGGAGCGCAGCAUUGACGAGCACGUGACGCAGCCCACCCCCGCCGACCUGGGGGAAGCGGGUCAGAUGAAGAAGAAGUCUGACGCGCAGCCGCCCAAACCAACCCGGUUUAGGCCUGCUCAGACGAAGACGAAGAAGACUAAGGCCGAGACCAAGCUGGAGUUCUUUGGGUUUGAGGACAAAGACGGCGAAGGGGAAGACGCGGGUCCAGAGGGGGCUCUGGCGGGCAAGAGCAGCUACAAGAUCAAGUAUUUUGGCUUCGACGACCUCAGCGAGAGCGACAGCGACGACGAGAACUCGCAGGCCAGAGAGAAAAAGGCCAAGAGGGCGGCGGCAGCCUUAGCUGCCCUGAGCUCCAGCGUCGACAGUCCCCACACCAGUGACUCUCAGGACAGUCAAGCCAGCAGCAACACAGAUGCUUUUGAUUUCUCCGACGACUCCAGUCCCGGCGUCACUGAGGGCCAGAAAGGCCGGCCAGGGAAGCAGAAUGACAGAUCUAAGGACUCUGCCACUGGACUCAAAAAGAUUUUCAGUGGACCCAAAAAGUCUCCUUCUAAAGCUGUGUACAACGCUCGACACUGGAACCAACCUGAACCCGAGGAGAUCCCCGUGCCUCCGCUUUCCCGCUCUCAGACCUCUCCGGCCAUUUUGUCGAGCAGCAACAAGGACAGCAACUCUCACAAAGACGACGGCUUGUUCAAAGCCCCCCCACCGCCACCGAAAGUCAUCAAAUCAGAGACCAUCCCCACGCGGCCCAACCAGGAGAUCGUCACGGCGCUCAAAUGCAGGAAAGAGGAUAAGGAGCUGUACACGGUGGUGCAGCAUGUGAAGCACUUCAACGACGUGGUGGAGUUCGGAGAGAAUCAAGAGUUUACCGACGACUUUGAGUACCUGGAGACGGGUCUGAAGAGCAGUCAGCCACUUAACACAAGAUGCCUUAGUAUAAUCAGCCUGGCCACACGGUGCGCCAUGCCGAGUUUCAGGAUGCACCUACGGGCGAGAGGAAAAGUGGCUCAGGUCUUCAAAAUGCUCAGUGAUGCUCCACAGCAUCCGAACCUCGCCCUGUGCACUGCUGCCCUGAUGUACAUCCUGAGUAGGGAUCGUCUGAACAUGGAUCUGGACCGGGCGUGUCUGGAGCUGAUGAUCAAGCUGCUGGAGCUGGACCAGGACUACUCGGGCCACGAGGACCAGCUCACCGCUAAGGAAGUGGCAAAGGUCAAGGAGAAGAUCAGAAAGCUGUGCGAGACCGUGCACAACAAGCACCUCGACUUGGAAAACAUCACGACGGGCCAUCUGGCCAUGGAGGCGCUGUUAUCCCUGACCUCCAAGAGAGCCGGCGACUGGUUCAAAGAAGAACUGCGGCUACUGGGAGGCCUGGACCACAUAGUGGAUAAAGUGAAAGAGUGUGUGGAGAACCUGAGCCAGGAAGACGACAAGGAGAAACUUGUGGAAUCUUUAUGGGGAGCUGAGAGGUGUCUGAGAGUGCUUGAAAGUGUGACCGUGCAGAACCCAGAAAACCAGGGUUAUCUGAUUGCUUACAAAGACUCUCAGCUCAUCAUCUCCUCUGCCAGAGCGCUGCGGUACUGUGAGGACAUGAUCCAGCGGUACAGCAGGGCGUUGAACAACAGCUCCUUGUCGGCAUCGGGCGUCACGCUGCCGCACUGUAGCUUCAGCAACGUGGGCAAGGCGGUGGAGGACUGCAUGAGGGCCGUCAUAGGGGUGCUGCUCAACCUCACCCACGAUAACGAGUGGGGAAGCACUAAGACGGGCGAGCAGGAGCAGCUAGUAGUCACAGCUCUCAACUGUGUCCUCCGAGUGCCACGCUACAUCCCGCAGGAGCAGCGCUUUGACGUGCGAGUCUUGGGUUUGGGGCUGCUAAUUAACCUGGUGGAGUACAGCUCCCGAAACCGCCACGGUCUGGUGGAAAUGGAGUACAGGGUGGAGGACACGUGUCUGGAAGACAGCCUGACGCAGCCCGCUGAGCCGGCACAAUCGGAGACAGCCGCACAAUCAGCCGAGACUGAGGGAGACGAGGCUGACACGCCGAAGGCUUCUGGAGCGUUAGCUGCCCUGGUGAAGCUCUUCCUUGAGCGGGAGCGGGCCGCCAUCCUGGCUGAGGCAAAGACGGACGACCUCAUCAGCGAGGCUCCUAAACCGGCCCUGGACAAGAGCGGAGAGUGGCAGGAAACGUCGGGAGAAAUCCAGUGGGUGGCGUCAGAAACGAACGACAGCCAGCCCGAAAAGAAAGAGGAAGAGGACGAAGAGUUGGACCUAAACAAAGCUCUGCAGCAUGCAGGCAAGCAUAUGGAGGACAGCAUCGUUGCCUCCUACACAGCUCUGUUACUAGGCUGCCUCUGUCAGGGCAGCCAGGAAAAUGUGACUACUGUGAGGCAGCACCUGCCUAAAGGGGAUUUCUCUAUAAUGACAGAAAUGCUGAAGAAGUUCUUGAGUUUCAUGAACCUCACUUGUGCAAUGGGCACCACAGGACAGAAGUCUAUCUCACGGGUCAUCGACUACCUGGAACACUGUUAACACACAACGAACCGCGACAAACUCAGACUCUUCUGCACAUUUUAAAGGGUUCAAGAUUCCCAGGGUCCCCUUCGCUUCCAGAGGGGGACAUUGAUGUCACACUCCCUUGACCUCAUUCGACCCCCCACCCGGUGACGCAGACGACGACACGUUGAGUUGUAAACUCGCUGCAAGAAACAAAACAAAAAAAAAAACACGUUUCAGUCCCUUCCUGGAGCACAGCCUGAACCAAAGCCCUGUCAGCUGAUGGACGUGUAGAUUUUAUUCUUCGUCUUCUUCGCCCGUCAGAAAAGCCACAUUUCAUGUCCAGAUUCAUUCUUUGUUUGUGGAUGGCGCAGAUUAUUUGCUGAAUAAUUCAGCAAGAUGCUUAGUGAUAAGUGGACUGUCGUUCUGAAAUGGACUCAAGGUGGAUCUCGCCCAUGCAUCAUCCCAAAAGGUCUGACAACAAUAAAGGCGCGGAGGAGGAGUCAUGUUCGCUGUCGGCUCCUGAUUUCUGGCCGCGCAGCUGAAGUGUGAAGCCUUGAAUCAGAUUUUAUGGAUCAUUACAUUUUAAUCUCUGCCUAUCCACGUCCAAGCCAAGGGUGAAAUAAUUGAUCAGCAGGGAAAUCAAUCAUCUUCAUGGACUUCAGAAUGAUGGCUAUAUGUAAACCAGUGUGGAAUGACUUUUUUUAUUAUUAUUAUUUUGAAUGAAAUCAUCUUAUCUUUCUCGUUCAUAGUCACAAUUAGGCUGAUUGUUCAAGGGAAAGGAUUUUUUUUUUUUUAAAGCUUUGAUUUUAAAUGUCUUUGAUUGUGCUCCAACACAAUUUUUAGCGGUCUGUUGAUCAUGUUUUUUAGAUUUUUCUUUACCCCUUCAGGACAUUUCUCUCACUUGUAUUAGUUUAUUACCGUUUUAUAGCAAUCAGGAGCCUGUGACAAAGUGAUCGUGUCAGGACAUCCCUGGCUUGACUGAGACCGACAGUAUGACACUAUGUGCUGUCAUGGGGUUUUAUUCCCCCCCUUUUUUUUUUUUACCCAUACCUGUUUAGAUUUUAAUUUAACUAAUUCAACAGUGGGAUCGCCACAUCCACUUAACUCAACUAUAGCACAUAAAGAAUUAUUCCAAAUGAUUAUUUUUUGUUUGUUUGUUUUUUUUUCUUCGUUUGUUUUAAUUGCAAUGAAAUAAUUUUAAAGAAUUGUAUUUAAUUUAAUGUUUUCUCUGUGUAAAUGCAAAGUCUUUACUGAGCUGGAUUAUGUUUCGUUUUAAUAUAAUAAUCAUGUGACUGGGUUUCGCUGGUUCAUUGUCCGUGGCCCCGAGUUUUGAUUUUGGAUUAAGAAGCUGAUUGGACGGAGCUUCGUGCGUUCCCUUGCGUCCGCUGCGGACGCCUCGCCCUAAACUGCGGUUUAUUUAUUCUGCUUUUGGUGUCCUUUCAGCCUCUUCGUCGUGUACUGCUCCCCCUGUUGGAUCACUGAACCGAGUUACAGCCAUACUUGUAUAAACAUCAGUUUUGAUCUGGUUUUGUAGGGCUGCGGGGCGAACAUGCCUGCAGCCGUGUUUUACUGUUUAAUUGCUUUGCAAAGUUUUGCUCUAAAGGAAAUUUUAGAAUGUAAAUACUCGUGUACAUAUACGUUACUGGACAUUUAAAUUGCGUAGACUUCGUCCCCUCCCCCCUUCCUCCUCCUUCCUCCUCCUCCUCCUCUGCUCUAAUCUGAUUUAUUUUAUACUAUAUUUCUGAGUUGUUUGGGGAAAAGAAGAAAAAAAAAAGAAUAAUUGCAAGAUUAAACAAAUGUUUGUACCUGUUUUGAGAACAUAGUCUCUGGUUACAUGUAAAUAGUUGUAUCUGAAAAUGGAACAAAAUUGCUACUUUCAGUACAAA